ACAUGUGUUGCGUUGCCCUGCCUAAAAGGACGGUCAAAGUCAAACAUAUGUAUCAACAUAACUUCUAUCCCCUUCUCUUAUCCUCCGCUCCCGGCUCAUGUUAGAACAAAGUGUAACCAGAUCUCACCUCAAACCCCUCUCUCCCCCCAUCUCUCUCCCCCAUCUCUCUCUCUCUCAAAUAAAUCUCUCCCCCAUUUCUCUCUCCCAUCUCUCUCUCUCAAAUAAAUCUCUCCCACAGCUGCAACAAACCCCUGAGCAUCACUUCACUUCCAACUAGUUACACACACCCAAUGUCUCACCACUCCACACAGCUGCGCAGCUUAACAAAAAGCAGCCAAGACCCCAAACCAACACCCAUGGAUCCCACUCACAAAAAGCACCCAAAGUCUCCACCUUUCAUCACCACCACCACUACUACCAAGCCCCACCCUAAACCCCAAGAACCCACCACCGUCUACUCCCCAAAUGUGCAAAAUAUUUCUAACCACUUUUCAAGAUUGUACUCUAAUCAUAAAGCCCUUUCUUCAACCAACCCUCCCACAGCUGGGCACCCACAUCUUGACACCCAUUUCCAAGCAAAACCCAUGUCUCAGUCCACCAUUUUAGAUGGGCCAGUGUCCAAGAAUGCUAGAAAGCACAGAAGAAAUGCUUUAGAUUUGGAUGGGGAGUCCAUCAAGAAGCCUAGUGAAGACAAUCUUGACACAAAGAGGGAGAUUAAAAGAGAUGAGAUGAAGAAACCAUCUUCAACUAAGAAGGAGAUUGUGGUUAUUGAAACAAAGAAUCAAGAAAUUCAAGUGGUGAAAAGAGCAUCUGUUUUGGUGGGAGCUGGGGGGAGGAGGAGGUCAUUUUGCAGCUCAAAGACAGAGCUGGCUGAUUUCUUGAGCUGCAAUGGAGUGAAAGUAGUGUCAGCUGACAUGCCACCAUUUAUGCAGAUUCAUGCUGUGGAUUUUGCCAGAAAGACUUAUGAUAGUCUUGAAAAGUUCACUGCCAGGACCCUUGCCUCAACUCUCAAAAAGGAGUUUGAUGGGGUAUAUGGACCUGCUUGGCACUGCAUAGUGGGGACAAGUUUUGGGUCUUUUGUAACACAUUCAGUAGGUGGUUUCUUGUAUUUCUCCAUGGAUCACAAGCUAUACAUCCUGCUGUUCAAAACCACUGUACAAAAAGCUGAGUAAUUUAAAGGAUCCAAUGAUUUAGCCUAGCUAGCUUCUGAAGGGUGAACAUGUUAGUAUUAUACUACUGCUGGUACAGAGAUCAGUUCAUGGAAGAUGUACACAAACUUGUACAUUGGUUUUGCUCAGAAAAGCAUGUGUAAUGUCUUUUCCAUCAGUCAUUGGCCAAUGUUAAUGUAGUUCAUGUUUACUUUUUU